UUGUUUGUUUACAAAGUUUCAUGUUUGAAACAAUCGUGUUUACAAGUCUUCAAGUCAAAGACUAUGAUGAAUACUUCUAAUAGUAUGAAUUUGGUAAAUGAAGAUCUAGAUUUAUUCUUUAUUAUUACACCACCUUGUGAAAUAUUGAAGAUCUAUAUAUAGAUUAUAAUAGGUCUAGAGGCGUAGACACUAAAAAAAAAGAAGAAUACAAAUAAAAGAAACUCUGACAAUGGCUCAAGGUUCAGAAUCACAGUUUGAGUUUUUCUAUUCCAAAUCAUCUCCAUUCAGUCAACAUCAUCCUUCAAAGUUUGUCAUUGAUGGUAUCACUUUCAACUGCGCAGAGCAGUACAUGAUGUACAGCAAGGCAGUUUUGUUCAAUGACACAGAAAUGCAACUGAAGAUUUUGUCUGCUCCUAAUCCCAAUCAACAAAAGAAAUUUGGAAGACAAGUUUCAAAUUUUGAUGAGAAAAUAUGGAAAUCGAAAUGUGAAGACAUUGUCAAGAGAGCUUCAAUAGCUAAAUUUCAACAAAAUGAGGAUCUCCAAGAAGAACUCUUCAAAACCUUUCCCAAAUUACUGGUUGAGGCAAGUCCUAGAGAUACUAUCUGGGGCAUUGGCUUAGGUGUAUCUAAUCCAAAGGCUCAUGACAAGAAAACAUGGCGGGGGCAGAAUAAGUUAGGUUACAUCCUGACUGAAGUAAGGAACCAACUCAUGGAUGACCAGUCUCAGGAAAAGAAAUAAAUACUACAAAUGAACUUUAAUUUCUACCCUGACAAAAAGAAAAAGGCCAGUACUUAUGUUGAGGUAUUGCAACCAGCUGUUCUAUCAUCAUACAAGGGCUCAAUGAACAUUUUGUAACACUUACCCCCCUUUAAACAAAACAAUAAGUGAUAUUAUAUAAAAUAUGUUAUAUAUUUUAUGAUGUUAUAAAAUCUUAACUUUGCUGCAAAAGAGUUUUCAAAUCCCUUUAGUAGACUCCCCUUUUUUAUCUCCUUCCAUAUAAGCACUAAAAGCAAAUUAUCUCCAGUCAAUUUUGAAAUGCAUACAGUCAAUCAGGUAGCCCACAUAAUGAUACAGACAUGGCCUAUGAACACGUCUAGAAAGUCCCAAGGAAAACUGAAUGAUUUCUAUCAGGCAUAUUUGUUUCCUUUUCAUUUACUGCUAGAUAAUCUUUUAGCAUCACACUCUUUCAGAAAUAUAGAAAUAAGUUUUGGUUGUGAACAUGUAAUAAGAAAACUUGAUAACAUUUCAAAAUUGUCUCCCUCUUUCUUUUUUUAAAUGCUGACUCACAAUCACAAGAAAACAAUGGUCCACACACCCCACUGUCCACACACCCCUCUGUCCACACACCACACAGUCCACACACCACAUGGCAGAAUGUUGAGUGCUGCUGUAAUAUCAUCUAUUAUUUUAUAAUAUAUAUAUAUGUAUAUUUUCUUUGAUAUAAAUAAAUGUUCCAACAAAGUUGUUUUUUGUAUUUCAAUAAAUAUUUUGUAUUCCAAUAAUUUUUAACCUCA